UAUCACCCCUAAUGUUGGAAAUUGAAGUUGAAAAACCCAAAAGGGGUUUUGUUCCGGGGUUUAUAUAAAACCUUCCUCUUCUUCUGCUUCUUCUCGACCUCACUUACGAGAUUCAGACAUGGUUGUCUCAAAAGCUAACAAAAGCUUAUUAAGCUCAGUCUUCAAAUCUCGUAUUAGAAAAACCGGGGAAUCUUCAAUUGCUUCCAGCAACAAAGACAUCGCCGGAACGUCUCAAGCUGUCAAAGAGCUUCUCAGUUCCAAAAACUCUUCGUCUGAUAUUGAGGAAGCACCAUUACAGGAUCGAGUAUCAAAUUUGUUACAUGUAACCACUAUGGAGAAAAGCUCUUCGGAGAAGAACUUAUUAUUGAAGAUUCCAAGUUUUACCACUAAGAUCCCUUAUGAUAUUUCGUUGAGAUCGAAAGAGUUGUCCCGUGAAAGGAAGGAGAAGCGUGUUUACAAGAAUAACGGUUUGUCACGGCGUUUUGCAAAGAUAUUUAGAGACUCUGCUCAGAAAUUAGGCACCGAGGCUAUGUUUGGUGCUUUCAAUAGAGUGGCGAAAGAGAUGAGUGCAACGGAGUACAAUGCGAUGAUUGGAGUUUACUUGGAGCACGCGGAGAAAAGCAAUGAUCUGGAUUAUGCUCUUGACCACAUUGAGAAGGCUUUUGAGCUGUUGAAAUCCAUGAAAGAUCGCGGUUUCUCUAUUGAAGAAAGAGCUUAUGUUCCUCUUCUUAGUUACUUAAUUGAUAUGGAUAUGGUAGAUGAAUUCCAUAGUUUUAAGGAUGUGAUUAGGGAUGCCAGUCCCGGUUCGGUUGAGAGACUUGGUUACUAUGAAAUGCUUCUUUGGAUCCAAAUUGGCGAUGGGGAGAAGAUUGAGGAGCUUUGCAGUACAAUUGAUGGUAAAAGUGAGGAAGGCUUAUCGAUCUUACAAGAAAAUUAUUUGCUUGCACUAUGCAAGAAAGACCAAAGGUACCACCUUCAGAGCCUGUUAGAGAUUGUUGACAUAACAAAAGUUCAUUCAUCGGACCUAUUGGCAAACAUAUUUGAAUACCUUGGGAGGUUUUCUUUGGAUUCUGUUGCGGGGAACUUCCUUUGGGAGCUAAGAGGAAGUGAUGAAGGAAGGAAAAAUGUUUCAGAUCUCAUCUCUAUCUAUUCUACUAGCACUCCAAAUCUGACAGUUGAGGAUACCAUCUUAAAGUUCAACAAGAUGCAUGAAGAACUUGAUGCCAUGCCUUCAUCUACAUCAUACGAGAAGCUUGUUAAGUAUAGCUGUGACUCAAAUGAGGUAGUCACUGCUCUUAAUGUUGUUGAAGAAAUGAGUGAAGCAGGUCUGACAAUAUCCGCAGAUAUACUACAUUCGUUGCUACAUGCCAUUGAUGAAGUUCUCGAGUUUGAUUUGGUGCGAAGAAUCCAUUCAAUUAUGUGCACAAAGAGUGUGAAACCGAAUACUGAGAACUUCCGGAGCAUUAUACGUUUGUGCACAAGAAUCAAAGAUUUUGAAGGUGCAUAUAUUAUGCUUGGUAAUUUAAAGAAUUUCAAUUUGGAACCAAACUCUAGCAUGUUCAACUGUAUAUUGGCUGGAUAUUUUCGGGAGAAAAAUGUGGGUAGCGCGUUAAUGGUCGUAAAGCAAAUGAAGGAAGCUGGCGUUAAACCUGAUUCCAUAACUUUUGGUUAUCUAAUAAACAACUGUAACCGAGAAGAUGCCAUUACUAAGUACUAUGAGGAGAUGAAGCAAGCAGGAGUUCAAGCUACUAAGCGAAUUUACAUGUCCCUGAUAGAUGCAUAUGCAGCAUCUGGGCAGUUUGAGAAGGCAAAACAGGUGCUCGUAGACCCAGAUGUUCCAGCUAUUAACCAAAAUGAGCUGAAAAGUGUACUUAUCUCGGCUCUUGCGUCUCGUGGAAAAUGGGCAGAUGCUUUCAGUAUAUAUGAAGAAAUGAGGAAAGCCGAAUGCCACAUAGACCCAAAAUCGAUUAUAUCUCUUAUAGAAUACUCAGAUUCAAAGGUAGAGUUGAGUAUGCUGGUUCAACUGGCUGAUGACCUACAAGAUGAUAAAAGUUGGAUAGAUGGUUUCUUCAGAAUGAUAUUGUCCGCUGUCCGCAAUAGAAAGUCGAGCAAUAUUCUUGACUUGCUGAAGCGGAACAAGGUCCGGCUGUCCAAGAAAGACAUCCCUGUGGAAACUCAUUUUGACGAGGUAUUUUGGGCAAUAGCAGAGACGGAGCCAACCGAAAUGAAGCUAGGGAUGGAUUUGCUAAGUUUUAUGAAAGAAGAGCUUGAGUUUAUUCCUUCAAGAAAAUGUCUAGAUUUUCUCUUACAUGCUUGUGUUAAUGCCAAGGACAUGGUGAACGGUCUAUUGGUGUGGAAAGAGUACCAAUCUGCAGCACUUCCUUGCAACGUCCUAAGCUUUCUCAGGAUGUAUCAGGUUCUAUUAGCUACAGGGGAUUUGCAAGGUGCCAAGGAAUUGGUAUCAAAAAUCCCAAAAGAUGAUAUAGAUGUACAACACAUCAUUGAAGAAAGCCUGAUUGUAUAUUCUCAAGCACCCAAAAAGAAGAAACUGAAAAAGAAAAUGAUUGGUUUCCCAACAAAGUAGGGAAAGAUGGGUAGGUUUGAACACCAUUUACAGUGAUUUGGUACAGAAGGUCUCAGAUUUCAUUUUAACAUGACUGGCUAAAAGUUUCUUUUCAUCCUAAAGCUCCUAGUAACAUGCAGACAAAAGAUUGUUGGACUCUGCAGAAGUCUUGACAGGUGAGAGGGAAUGGAUUAAAAGUUAGACCUAACCGGCUAAGUAACUUGCAGCAAUGAGUUUAAACCUUGACCCUACUGGACUACUGGUCAGACUACUAAGAUCUGAACUGUUGCUAAACCGUUGUUAUGCGCACAUGCUCGAGUCCCUUUAAGUUCCGGGUUUGGAUCCUGACUGGGUCAUAUCUGUUUCAAUAACUUGAAUGUGAUAGUUACAAUUCCGAAGAUCAUAGUAAUCUGACAAACCCUGAACAGAGGGUUCACAGGGUGGGUCAAUCAUUGCCCUAUAAUUGUUAGAAUGAUAAGGUGGAUUCUUUGUGAUUGUAACAGACAAGGCAAAAGAAGUGUAAGGUUAUAAUAAUGGUUCCAUUGUUGUGAGCUAAUCAACAUUCUUGUAAUUGCUUCUGCAACAAUUUUUUGGUGAAGCAAAUCAGAGCUACUAAUCCUUAUGGCAGUAAAAGAUAACUGUUGCUGGACCUAA